CUCGGCGGCGGGCAGGAGGCGCUGCUCGUCCGGGUGCCCCGAGGGGGCGGGCCCGGUCGGGGCGGGGUCGGCCGGCUUCCAGGCCUGGGCUCUGGCCUCCCGCGCCGCCCGGCCGCUCCGGGGACGGGCCGGGGCGGGGCGCGGCGGCAGGAAGCGGGGCGGGGACUCGCGGAAGCCUUGGGGAGCGAGGGAGGGCGCGGCCAACUCCCGGAGAGAAGACAGGCCGAGAGAGCGGCGCCCCGGCCUGGCGCCGAGCCUGAGCCAGCCGGACGGGAGGCGGCCCAACCGCGGGCUCGGCCUCGGCCCCAGCCCCGCCAGCAUGGCCGGCCGGACCGUGCGGGCCGAGACCCGGAGCCGGGCCAAGGAUGACAUCAAGAAGGUGAUGGCGACCAUCGAGAAGGUCCGGAGAUGGGAGAAGCGCUGGGUGACUGUGGGCGACACUUCCCUUCGUAUCUUCAAGUGGGUGCCAGUGGUGGACCCCCAGGAGGAGGAGCGACGGAGGGCAGGUGGCGGGGCAGAGAGAUCCCGAGGCCGGGAGCGGAGGGGCAGGGGCGCCAGUCCCCGAGCGGGUGGCCCUCUCAUCCUGCUCGAUCUCAAUGAUGAGAACAGUAACCAGAGUUUCCAUUCGGAAGGCUCCCUGCAAAAGGGCACCGAUCCCAGCCCUGGGGGCACCCCCCAGCCCAGCCGCCCUGUGUCACCUGCUGGACCACCAGAAGGGGUCCCGGAGGAUGCUCAGCCCCCACAGCUGGGCCAGGAGAGAGAUCCUGGGGGCAUAACUGCGGGCGGCACCGAUGAACCUCCAAUGCUGACCAAGGAGGAGCCUGUUCCGGAAUUGCUGGAGGCUGAGGAUUCAGGAGUGAGGAUGACCAGGAGAGCCCUCCACGAGAAAGGCCUGAAAACAGAGCCCCUCAGGCGGCUCCUUCCCAGGAGGGGCCUCCGGACAAACGCCCGGCCCAGUUCUGCGGUGCCUCAGGAUCCCAGAGCUCCCGUGGGAGGAAGCAAGGCCCCGAGGGCACCGAGGACGACCCCCCAGGGGAAGGGGAGGUGAGCCGGCUCCCCAGGCAAGGUGAGGCCCUUAGGCUUCCCUUGGCCGCCCCAAGAUCCAGCCACCCACCCGUGCCCCCCGAGGGUGCAGAGAGCUUCCCAGCUCCACAGCCACCGCGGGAUCAUCGAGGGCGAGUGGCCCCAGCCUGACCCGAACCUAAGGCCAUAGCACCCAUCUGGCUCGCCACUGACACCCGCUCAGAGCGGGCUCGACCACACCCCAAGUGUGGGAAGGGCUUCGGGCACAAUCGUACCACAUCGAGCGCCUGAGGACGCAUCGCAGCCAGAGGGUCCGGAGUGCUGGGUGCGCGCCCGGCCUCCACCCCGGGAGGGGCUGCACGGGAAGCGCCCGGGCCUCCGCCAGCCUCCGGCCGGGGAGGCAGCACAAGCGCAGAGACCUUGCGUCACACGCGCAUCUCUCCACCCCCUCCCUACUGCCUCCCCGAAGGCCUACGGAUGCCCCGCCUGCGGGUGGGUUCCGUUGAUCCCUGGAGGAUCUGCAGCAAGACCUCCCGGCGGGGCCUCCGGGGGCCGGAAGCCUUCCCGCCCAGGCGCCCGCCUCGCCCACGUGGGGAUGCGGAAGGUGGCCUGGGCUGGCUGGCGGGGAGCUCACAAAGCUUCUGAGCCGCCCCCAGCAGACCCCACCUGGAGAAGGCCCGGGGCAAGUGAGCCCUUUGCGCGGUUCCAAUGGACGUCACCGAGUUCUUGCUUGCCCACUCCACUGCUGGGCCCGUCGUACUACGAAAUAAUCACGUCUCCCAUUGGUUGAGGGCUUACUCCGUGCCAGGCUUUGUGAUUUAUGGGAAUGACCUCAUUCAAUCCUCACCACACUCCUGUGCCAUUGGGGUUCUCAUUAUCAGCAUUUUACAGAAGGAGAAACUAAGUCUCAGAGAGGUUAAGGGACCGGCCCAAAGUCACACGGCCAGUAUGUGGCAGAACCGGCUUCAGACCCAGGUCUGCCUGCCUGACUCCACAGCCCGCCCCACAGCACUGCUUCUCCUGCCGGUACACGAGUGAAGGGUGCAGGUUUGACAGGACAUCUACUUAUGAAGCAUUCAUUUUUCUCGUGAUAAUUACAUAAAACACUUUUUAUACUAAAGUGAGCAGAUACUCCCAGGAAUGAAAGUGAAUAUUUGUGCCAAGAUUGAAAUGCAACUUGAGACGCCGGAGAUAUUCCAUAUGCCAAGGUCAAGGCUUCAGGCUCAGCCCCCGACUCCCUGAACCACCCUCUUCUCAGACCUCUGCCUUUGGAGGGAUGUUGACCAGGGAAGCUCUGCUGCAGGGCCAGCUUCUGUGUGGAACCUUCCUGGAGGCCAAGAAAGAUGGCCUCUCCCCAGUUUGCCAUCCCACUGAAUUGCUUAGGAAGGUCAUCGAGUUUCUCUGGGCUAAGGUUUCUAAAUUCCCAACACAUAUCAAUCUAGGAUUGGGGAUUGAAAAAUGGGAAUUCUUAGGAAUUCCUGAAGUCAUGUUAUUCUGUAUUUUUCAUAACUUUCUAUAUUUUUUUAAUAAAUAAGAAAUAAACAUUUAGUGGUAGUUACAAAGAACUGUAGGCUAUAGCAAAUAUUCAAAACCAGGAAAAUACCAGAGAAUAUUACUGGGUAGUAUUUGGAUAACAAAAUGUUUAAACCUUCAACAAGAUCAACUACACUACACAGAACCAUGUGUUGAAAUUGCCAAUUUAAGGACUUGUUUCUAAAACUUUUUACUUCUCAGAACAUCAUUCAUAGGAUUUGUAUAAGAUAUACAAUACAUAUAAACAGGUUAAUAUUUUAAUCUGUGAGAAUGACUCACUGUUAACAACAAGUAGGGCCACGAAUACGUUUUUUUAUUUGUUUGUUUGUGGUGGCUUGUGGGAUCCUAGUUCCCCAACCAGGGAUCGAACCCAGGCCCUCAGCAGUGAAAGCGUGGGGUCCUAAUCACUGGACCGCCAGGGAAUUCCCACGAAUACGUUUUUUACAUGGCAACAGCUACAAAAAAAAGACUGAUUAGUUUGUGAUCACUUAUCUCCUAUGUACUUCGGUCCCAAGUUCCAGAAAUGUCUACCUUAACCUUGGACUCUGUCAGCGUUUCAUUCUUGUGCCGUGCUUUUUACUUGACAUCAGUGUAUUCCUUCAAACCAGGAAUUCCUCGAUGUUUAUUGUUAAGCAUUCGUUCUCACAGGAGAAUUAUAAUAGUUUUUCCUGUUUU